UGCGAAAAUCAUAAAUUAUUCUUUUUGCGCGGAUAUUUGACACUUUUGGUAAAACUUUACGGUUUUCGCCAAGUUUUAAAAUUAGUUCUUAGCAGCUCCGGUUCUCAAAAACCGCUCUCACAAUCACACCAUUUUGGUUGCAGGCUCGUUCAUUGCAGGGCAGUCCCGCUUGCCGCCUAGCCCCGGCGUCCGCGACCAAAGCCGGCCAGCCGCCGACGUCGUCCACACUGUCGGACGCCCCCCGCUCACACGGCAGGCAUGGUCGCACGGGAGCAGCAUUUGAGGUGGAGGGAACCAGGCAACCGGCGGGGCAUCCUCCUCGUCUCCACGGCAGACGCUUGCCAUGUGUUCGUGCAAAUGCUUCUGUAGGCGUAUGCGCUCCGAUCUGUCGAAAUGAAUCGUCGGUCCGGGUACAUGCUGCUAUUGCUUCAAAAAGAAGGUUGUCUUUCUUCUCAAGCAUUCUUAGUAGUCAAACAGACUUUGGGAUCACACAAUUGGUGUGAAGUGAACCAUAGGGGUCUUCAUCUCUGAUCAUCAAGAUGGCAUGAUUGGCUUUACCUUUUACGUCAGCCGUUCUUCUGUUCUACUUACUUAGCUACCUCGCUUAUGCACGUGCAAUCUACACUUUUUGACAGAAUAAGGGUCCAGUUUUUUUUCCUGCAAUCGUGUGGCCUGUCCAUGCCUCUGUCAAGCUUGAUUUCACACAAGCAAAGAGAGCAGUCUAACACUCUUUUCGGUAAUUUUGUUAAGUUACGUUUCAAGACGGGGCACCGUUUCUUAUUUGGAGACCGUUCCUCCAGUAUUUAUGCCAAUACACCAGCGAUGCAAAAGCAGCGCUGUUCUCUGAAAAGAGAGGCUGCAAUUUGUGUUGACACUAUUCUUGCUCUUCCGCGGAAAAUCGUACCACUUGCAGAAACUAUCAGAAUCAUAGUAACAUAUGAUUCUACAUCAUCUGAUGGCCCGGCAUUUAUUUGUAGUUAGUUUGUUGAUUCUUUCGCUUGUCUUUAACUCAUGCACAGCUCACUCAUGGAGGAACAAUAGUUCUCUGGAUGAUAUGGGUCCACGUUGUGAACCUUCUUCCCAUCCGUUUGGUCUGUGCAAGACAAGAGCAGCAGCUUUUGGCUAUCCAUGUGAAGAUCACAUGGUCACAACAGAAGAUGGUUAUAUUCUUAGCCUAAAGAGGAUUCCUCAUGGUGUUUCUAAGACUGAGAAUACAACGAGGAUACCGGUACUACUAUUCCACGGGCUCAUGGUGGAUAGCGUUUCUUGGGUACUGGGUACACCAAAACAAUCACUUGGAUUUAUUUUGGCAGAUGGUGGGUUUGAUGUUUGGUUUGCCAACACCCGUGGAACUAAUUCCAGCCGGAACCAUACCUCGCUCACCCCAGAUGAUCCGGAGUACUGGAAUUGGACGUGGGACCAACUUGCUGCCUAUGAUCUUCCUGCCGUGCUUCAGCAUGUCUAUGAUCACACAGGAGGCCAGAAAGUCCACUAUAUCGGUCACUCCCUGGGAACCUUGAUUAUUCUUGCAGCCUUCUCAGAGCACAGGUUACUUCAUUUAGUUCGAUCGGCUGUGUUGCUCUGCCCAAUUGCUUAUCUGUAUAAGACAAAAUCGAAACUCACCCGGCUUGCUACUCAAAUCCUCCUUGCAGAAGCAUUUCAUUUUCUAGGAUAUCGUGAGUUCAAUCCUGUUGGGCCAGUUUCACAUGAAAUUCUGCUCAUAAUAUGCGGUGACCCUGAAAUCGACUGCUACGACCUAUUUACGGCUGUUAUGGGACCGGACUGCUGCCUCAAUGCUUCAACUGUAUGUAACUUCCUGCAGCAUGCUACACAGUCCACCUCUAUCAAGAACCUUAUUCACAUGUCGCAGAUGAUCAGGUACGAAGGGGUCAGAAGGUAUGACUAUGGCAACGCCAAGGAAAACAUGAAGCAUUACAACCAGCCACGCCCCCCGCUGUACAACCUCUCAUCCAUCCCGACCCAUGUCCCCAUGUUCCUCACCCAUGGUGGUCAAGACUUCCUCGGCGAUGUCCCUGACACCAGGCACCUCCUGAACACGCUGGUCAGAACCCAUGACAGCGACAACAUGGAGGUACUGUAUGUACCCGACUACGCCCACGCUGACUUCGUGAUAGGCUAUAAUGCUCCGCAACUCGUAUACGGGCCGAUGGUCGACUUCCUUCAGCGCCACUGAGAGAGUCGCAACUUCAGGUCUCUCUCCGAGCAGGCCUUCAGCAGUAACUUCCUAUCAGCCUAUGCAACCAACCAAAACUUCAACCACAUAUUUCUUGUCCGAGUAUAUGGCUUGUGUAUGGUCUUAGCAUAUGUCUGCUCAUCAGAGUGAGUAGAUGCCAGUUUGAUCAUGCUAGAGAGUGGACUACUCUGUCAGAUAUUCAGUUUCAUGUAUCCAGUUUACCCGUUAUGUCGAAUCCCACGUUAUGACUUUAUUUAGAAGUCUCGGAUUCUGGACCCAUUGUGCACCUACUACAUCAGCGUGUUUUCUUUUGUCGACCGCAUAAUCUUCAUGGUUCACUGUGGUCUAAA